UAUUGUGUACAGCAGCCAAUAAAGCUGAUUUUGAUAGAAAGGGAGGAGGUUCAAACAAAACAGGAAGCAACUACUUCAGCUGAAGAAGGAAGCAAACUGAAAGUCAGACUCCAUUUUACACGAGACACAGAGCAGAAAGAGGAGGAAAAGAUACUGAGGCAGGACGACUCCAAUAUCAAAAUGGAUGUGAAAACCAACCUGGACGAGGAUGCCAAGAAGACUCCAUUACCCUUCCAACCUGAACACAUUGACGCUAAAUACAGUACAUCCUACAGGUUCAAGUGUCCUGGUCCAGGUGUGUUCCAGUGUGAGUCAACUGGAAUGGUGUUUGUUAUGGCUCAGGAGGCAGAGCUGAAGUACAAGACUGUCAUAUGGGAUGACAACAUCCUCCAACCAGCUGGCAAGGCGCCUGCAGGGUGCUUGUACAAAAUCGAGUGUUCUGAGGAUGCUGCCGUCUGUCAGCUCCACCUCCCACACUGUGAAACAAAGGAAGCGUUGCUCCUUGAUAGCGGGUUGUCUGUCGUCCACAUGACUGAUGAUGGUAUGAGCAUCUUGGAGCCGCUGGAGAUUACAGACACUCAUGUGGUCGUGAAGGUCCCUCACCUCUCUGCCUUUGGCCUGGUCUGGGAUGUCGUUCGAAGGUUUCUGAAAGACACGCUGACAGUAAAGGGGAAAAUUCUGCUGUUCCUCCGACCCAUGAGCCAAGCAAAACAUGUACUCUAUGUAUUUAUGCUGCAGGCCAACAUCCCUCUGCAUGAGGUUGCCGUCCAACAAGGACGUUCUCAGUACAUCAAGAUGUCCUCCGACUGUGAACUCGACUUUGGUGAACGUUACAGUGUCCACUGUCCUGAGAACACCCAUAUACAGCCUGAGGUGGACCAAUUUCACAUAAAAAAUGGACCAAAUUUCCAUCCAACAUUUGAAAUUUUCCUGGCUACAACAACAGAGAAAGUGACUGUGACGGUCGCGACUCAAGAGAGCAAAGAAAUCUGGAAACGCCACGUGUCAAUGAAAGAACCAAGAGGGGAAAUUCCAGCAGAGGACAGCAUACCAGCAGUGGGCAGCGUCCCAGCAGAGGGCAGCGUCCCAGCAGUGGGUAGCGUCCCAGCAGAGGGCAGCGUCCCAGCAAAGGACAGCGCCCCAGCUGACAAGUAGCUUUUCUGAGUUAGGACACCGUUUGUUGGGAGUGAGUCUGAAACUAAUGAUGAAAUGCAGUCAGCCAUAACAAAAUCCAAAGAAGAAAAAGCACGAGACGUGGUAGACAAGGUGCAAAGAAAGGGAACUGAAGCCUGCUCAGUUCUGAUUGCUGCUCUCUGUGUGGUGGACUCAUGUCUCUCCAGAGCGCUGAACUUCAGCUGAAGUAAAACCUAGAAACUGUGGAGUGUGACGAUGAUUAUGAAUCUCCAGUGAUCUGCGAGUUCACACUUCAUAAGAACCAGCUCAAAGUUCAGUUCACACAAAUUAACUAGUUCACACUCAUUUAUUCUGUUUUUUGCCUUUAAAUUGUUUGGAUGCUAUGGCCUUUAAUUAGUCUUUUAGACGUAUUUUCAGCAUCCAGUCCUGCAACACCAGGCUCAGGGACAGCUUCAUACCAUAGGCCGUAAGACUUUUGAACUCUUAAGCUCCUGAGCUCAUCACUAUAACCAGUAGUUCUCAAACUUUUUCUAUCAUUCCCCCUUUGGAGGAAAAAAAAGUGCCAAGUUUAACUUGUGUAUUGAAAUAACAUCAAGAUCAUGAACAUUCCUUCCACUAUUCUUUCUGUACUUUUGGAUGUGUAAAUAAAAAAAUACAACUUUCACCUAAACUUUAUUAAACCACUAUUUUAAUGGCAUGACUUUGAUGUAAAUUUGUCUUCUUAAUUUGUUUGGUCUCAUAUUGUCACAUCUCCCACCGCAUUUACUGUGAACCCAAAGGCAAGAUAGGCUUUGUCACAGGAAUCUUUAUUUUUACAUUCAAAGCUUUUAUCGAGGUUUUCAAAUGAAGCUUCAAAUGUCUAUCAACAUAUUUUAUGAUGUUAUCACCCUAAAAAAAACAUUUUAUAAUAUUUGGGGAAAAUAUGACUUUGAGUUCUUCUGGUCAUAUAAGUGUAAUUUUUGGUGUUGUUAGAUUGCUGCUAGAACGCCCCGUUAGUACAGGUGCAAGUGGGAGAGUAAACAGUUUUUGACCGCA